UAUUUUUCUAAUAGUUUUUUGUAUUACUAUAAAGUUUCAGCCGGCAUUUAUGUUUCUCUUGUUCAAGUAGGAUUAAAAGACUCAAAACCUUUAAAAGCUCAAUUUAAUAUUUAUACGGAUGAUGGAAAUAAAAUUUAUUUUUGUCCGUAUGUCCACAACAUUCGUUUUUAAACACGGAACAGAAUCAGAUAAAUAUCAAGUUUUCAAAUCACAAACGACUGACAAGUCUAGCGACAAUUUAGAGAAUGGAGGAGAUUACGUUUUGGUGAAUGGUUCAUCAGAUACCUUAAAUUUAGAUGCUAUGUUCCUUUAUUGUGAAGUUGAAUUUGUUCCGUAUAAUAUAAAAUGCGAAAAUGAGGUUGUGGAUUUUUCUUCUGAAAGUUCUUCACAACGAUCUUUAAAUAUGUUUAAAGAGGGAAUACUUACUGAUUGUGUUGUUGAGGUAGGUUUUAUCUUUUAAAUUUGUUUGUAUAAUGUACAGUGAUGUAAAGGGUUACCCGAAAUAGUACUUUCUUUAUCCCGAACCGGACUAAUGCUAAACCCGACCCUACUUUUUUCUAGACUUGCGACACAAUUGUUAAGUGAAAUAGUAGCCAAAAGGGUGGUUGGUUUUUGGCAUUAUUAUCCCGUUCAAAAAUAGUGGUUAUAUGCACUUCCGUCGAUUUGACCACCCUUAACCAGGUCUCCAUUCCAUCCGUUACUUAAGCCAAUUUUUAACAAUGCGAACACGAAGUUCUUGACAAAACCUCAAUUGACUACUACAUGACAAAACCCCAAUUAUCAAGGGUGGACAUGGACCUUUCGCGCUCGAAAAAGUUAAG